UGUCAGAAGUACACAAGUUUUAACAGCGGUGACAGAAAGAUUACGUACACUACUCGCCACGGUUAUUGUGACAGUGGACUCGAACCUGGUUGGUUCCGUUUUGAGGGGUCAGCCGGCACAAGAAUGCCAAGUUCAUGUCCACCUACACUCAGAUGUGGCACUUAUGGACCCGCCUGGUUGAAUGGUGGACACCCAUCAGUAGCAGACGGUGAGGUCAGCAGGCAGGUGUGUUUUCGCUGGACAUCAAGCUGCUGUGAAUGGCCAACAAAUAUCAAAGUGAGGAAUUGUGGUUCAUAUUAUGUGUACUAUCUUAGUGGUACACCUACUUGUAAUCUCCGUUAUUGUGGCACUAACUAA